AUGGAUGCUUGGGAGUUGCAUGAAGGCGCUGUGAACUGGAAUGCUGAAACAUUGAUACCAUAUUUUGAUGCUGUCGAAGAUACUUUGAAAGUUGUUUAUCCUGCUAAUGAUACACAAGGACUGGUUGACGCAAUCUUUCAAGCUUCAAGAACAGCAGGUUUUCCAUAUAACCCAUCUUAUAAUCAUGGACCAGAUAUGCUCGGUAUCGCCAACUUUGUUAUGAGUAUCAAUGAUGUUGGCAAGGAAAUGAAACAGGAAGGCAAUUCAGUCUACAAUCGAGUUACCUCAUAUGAGAAAUAUCUUCAGACAUCAUGGCCAACUAAUUUACAAUUGAUUACUGACCUCCAAGCCAUAGGCUUCAACUUCAGCAAUGAUAAGCUUCCUGUAGUUGAUUAUGUUGAAUUGUACAGCGAAAAACAUCAAUGUAAAUUCUCGGUCGCAGUCGGUAAAGAGCUCAUUCUUAGCGCUGGCACGAUUAACACACCCAAACUUCUUCAAAUCAGUGGUAUUGGUAAUGCUACUCAAUUACAGUCGUUGGGUAUUGAAGUUGUAAAAGAUCUUCCAGGUGUUGGUAUUAAUUUACGUGACGAUGUGGUUGUGAACUUGGUUUAUACAACGGAUGCUAUCGAAAUAGAAAGUCCACCUGCUUCCUUUCUGAGUGCAGUCUUAUUUGCAGUAGAUAAUAGUACAACACAACAAGUAUCUUUUGGCAAUGGAACAGGCUCUCUAACAAACAUUGAAAUGUUAUUUAGUACAGGAAAUAUGAUCGGAAAUUCGUGGCCAGCUGAUUGGCAGAACUCAUUAGUUCUGUCACCCAAUAUUCAACAAUGCAAGUCGCAAGGUGCAGUUAUGAUACAGAGUUCGAAUCCUUUGACACCACCUGCGAUUGAUCCUACCUAUCUAAGCGUUGACUCAGAUUUUGAUCGGGUGAUAAACGCAAUCUUCCUAGGUCGACAACUUAUGUCACAGCCAAGUUUUGCAAAGUGGAAUUUUCGCGAGGUUUCGCCUGGUCCUACUUAUCAAACUCGUGACGAACUUAUUGAAUGGAUUCGUGGAAAUGCCACUACAGGAUUUCACUACAUUGGUACGUGUAAGAUGGGAACAGAUUCGUUGUCUGUCGUCAAUCCAACGAAUAUGAAAGUUUGGGGCGUGGAACAUUUGAGAAUCAUUGAUGCAUCCGUGGCUCCAUCUUCGUUUUCAGCCAAUACGCAAUCGCUGGUCUAUGCAGUAGCAGCACGAGCAGCUGAUCUUAUUGUUACAGAGUACAAACUGAAACAAAAAUCAGAUCACUAG